AUGCUGGCAGGAGCUCCGUAUGCUGAGGUGUUGGAAAAGCUUAUCGCUAUCCGCGGUUUAGGGCAGUGGUCGGUCGAGAUGUUCGCAUGCUUUGCGCUCAAGAGGAUGGAUGUCUUUUCGUUGGGAGACUUAGGGGUACAGAGGGGCAUGGCGGCAUUCGAAGGCCGCGACGUUGCAAAGCUCAAGGCCAAGGGCGGCGGUAAAUGGAAGUACAUGUCGGAGAAGGACAUGAUUGACAUGUCGGACAAAUUUGCGCCCUAUCGCAGCGUCUUCAUGUGGUACAUGUGGCGAGUCGAGGAGACUGACAUAAGCACGCUAGAGUAA